GACAAAAAUUUGAGGCGCAGGGAAACAGCCACACAUACAUGUCCCCACAGCCAGUUUUAGCUUUGUUCGUCACCACCAAUUCAAUUCUCUUGUCCUAUCUCUCUCUUUCUCCAUGCGUAAUCCAUAACUGUACACCAAUUGCAGAGGUGGAGGAGGUAAGUAGAGUUUUCUCUUCGAUUAUACUCUAAACGAGUGUCGAAGCUGUAAAAAUGGGGGAAUUGAUUGUUGUUUAGCAAAAUUGAAUUCAAACAUUUUCUCUGUGUGUGUGUGUUUUUUGUGUGCUUCUGAUACUCCUCUGUAAGUGCUUUUCCUUUUUUGUGGAUGGUUCUGGUGGGAACCAUGGCUACACCGGCUUCCCUGGUUAGUUUGGGAAAUGCGAGUGUUGCAGUCACGAGCUGCUCCGAGAGAACGUCGUCGUACAUACUGGUAAGGAGAGUUCCAUUGUUGAAACGUAGGGUUAAGGUUAUCAGUACAUGUGUUUGUAAAUACUCGAUUACCACAGCUGACUUUGUUGCGGAGCAAGGUAAUAGCAGGCAUAAUGAUAGUAAAGACAGUGAUAGUGAGAUUGCACUUAGGCCUGCACCGAAGCCUGUCUUGAAAUCCAAGGGUGAAUCCCUUUUGGGGGUCAACUCUGUGAGGUGGAAAUCUGGUGAUGAGGAGGAGGAGGAGGAGAAAGAGAGAAGUAAAGUGAUUGAGUCACUUGGUGAGGUUUUAGAGAAGGCUGAGAGGCUUGAAGCUUCUAGUAGUGGAUUGGGUACUAGUAGUAGUGGUAGUAGCAAUAGCAGCACCAGAAAGCUGACUGGUGGAAAUGUAAGUCAAUUUCGGAAGUCUAAUUCGAAUAGAGUUGGUAAAGCUGAGGAUUCAAUAGGGACUCGUAACGCUAAAGCUUCAAAGAAUGUGUGGCGUAAAGGGGAUUCGGUUGCACAAGUUGAAAAGAUUGUCAAGGAGCCCCCUAAGGAUAAUAGGAAUGUAGUGAAAGAAGCGCUCAAAAUGGUGGGAGGGGGUAAGGCACAGUCUAGACCCAGUGUUCCAUUAAGACCUGCCCAACAUGCCCCAACACCUGCAAGGCCUCAACCCACAUUGCAAGCCAAACCUUCAAUUGCUCCUCCACCUGUGUUGAAGAAACCUGUUAUUCUGAAGGAUGUGGGGGCAGCUUCAAGGCCUCAAGUAAAUGAUGAUUUAAAUGCAGGUGUUAAAAGCAAAGAGAGGAAACCAAUUUUGGUUGAUAAAUUUAGGACUAAGAAACCCGUGGUUGAUCCUCUAAUUGCUGCUGCAGUCUUAGCUCCUCCUAAACCAGCAAAGGGAAAAUUCAAGGAUGGUUAUCGCAAGAAGAGUAUUUCUGAUGGUGCGGCUAAGAGGCGGAUGGCUGAUGAUGAUGAUGAUGUCGACAUACAUGAUGAGGAGUCAUCAGAGCUAAAUGUUGUUAUACCUGGUGCAGUUGCUGCUAGGAAAGGGAGGAAAUGGACUAAAGCUAGUAGGAAGGCAGCUCGACUUCAGGCUGCAAAGGAGGCCGCUCCUGUUAAAGUAGAGAUCUUAGAGGUUGGAGAAAAAGGUAUGUUGAUUGAGGACUUGGCCUAUAGCUUAAACAUCAGUGAAGGUGAAAUCCUUGGGUAUCUGUACGCAAAGGGGAUUAAACCUGAUGGGGUGCAAACUCUUGAUAAGGACAUGGUGAAAAUGAUCUGUAAAGAAUAUGAAGUGGAGGUGUUAGACGCCGACUCAGUUCAAGUGGAAGAAAUGGCUAAAAAGAAUGACAUUCUUGAUGAAGAAGAUUUGGAAAACUUAGAAGACAGGCCUCCUGUCCUUACUAUAAUGGGUCACGUGGAUCAUGGAAAGACAACCCUUUUGGAUUAUAUCCGGAAGAGCAAGGUGGCUGCCGCAGAAGCUGGUGGGAUUACACAAGGAAUUGGGGCAUAUAAGGUGCUUGUUUCUGUUGAUGGAAAACUGCAAUCCUGUGUUUUCCUCGAUACCCCUGGACAUGAGGCAUUUGGGGCAAUGAGAGCACGUGGAGCGAGGGUGACAGAUAUUGCUGUCAUUGUAGUGGCUGCUGAUGAUGGAAUUCGUCCUCAGACAAAGGAGGCUAUUGCUCAUGCCAAAGCCGCUGGGGUACCUAUUGUAAUUGCAAUUAACAAGAUAGAUAAAGAUGGCGCUAACCCAGAGCGAGUCAUGCAAGAGCUCUCUUCGAUUGGUCUGAUGCCUGAGGACUGGGGGGGUGACAUCCCAAUGGUUCCGAUCAGUGCUCUCAAGGGUGAGAACAUAGAUAAUUUGCUGGAAACCAUUACGCUUGUUGCUGAGUUGCAAGAGUUGAAGGCUAACCCUCACAGAAACGCAAAGGGCACAGUGAUUGAGGCAGGGCUUGAAAAAUCAAAGGGGCCAGUAGCAACAUUUAUUGUCCAGAAUGGCACUCUUAGAAAAGGGGACAUCGUUGUUUGUGGAGGAGCCUUCGGAAAGGUGCGAGCUUUAUUUGAUGACGGUGGAAAUCGUGUCGAUGAAGCAGGACCUUCAAUUCCUGUGCAGGUAACUGGACUGAAUAAUGUUCCACUUGCUGGCGACACCUUUGAGGUUGUUUCAUCCCUUGACAUUGCGCGUCAAAAAGCAGAAGUGCGUGCGAUGUCGCUGCGAAAUGAGCGAAUUGCAGCGAAGGCUGGUGAUGGGAAGGUCACCCUUUCUUCUCUAGCUUCUGCAGUUGCAUCAGGAAAGCUGACUGGACUGGACCUGCACCAGCUUAAUAUUAUAAUGAAGGUUGAUGUUCAGGGUUCAAUUGAGGCUGUCAGACAAGCCCUCCAUGCGCUUCCUCAGGAUAAUGUCACUUUAAAGUUUCUUUUGCAAGCAACAGGGGAUAUAAGCAACAGUGAUGUUGAUCUUGCUGUCGCUAGCCAGGGCAUUAUCUUCGGAUUUAAUGUUAGAGCACCAGGUUCUGUUAAUAGCUAUGCUGACAGCAAAGGCGUCGAGAUUCGGAUAUAUAGAGUUAUCUAUGAACUUAUUGAUGAUGUACGGAAUGCAAUGGAAGGACUUCUGGAGCCUGUGAAGGAAGAAGUCACUAUUGGCUCAGCAGAAGUUCGUGCCACAUUCAGCAGCGGUAGUGGGCAUAUUGCCGGAUGCAUGGUAACAGAGGGAAGAGUGGUUUCAGGCUGUGGUAUACGGGUUAUUCGAAAUGGAAAAGUUUUACAUGUUGGUAUUCUUAGUUCCUUGAGAAGGGUUAAAGAAACUGUGAAAGAGGUAAAUGCUGGACAGGAAUGUGGUAUUGCAAUUGACGACUAUGGUGAUUAUGAGGAAGGUGAUAUUUUGGAGGCCUUCAACACAUUUGAGAAGAAGCGAACCCUUGAAGAGGCAGCAGCUUCAAUGGCAGCUGCCCUGGAAAAUCUAUAGACGCAUGCAGGGUCAAAAGAAUUUCCGCAUCAACUUUCCCUAACAGAACCAAUCUGCAUCAGAUGGUGUAACCCGCUGAUUCAGUGCUUUGCGACUUCUUGCCAACAACAUAACAACGAAUUAUCCCUACACGCGACGAGUUAUCUGAGAUGCCAGGCAGGCAGGCAGGCACUGAAGACCUGAACUUGCUCUCAUUUUGUGCAUUGUUGUAGCUAUACUGCUGUAUAUAGCAAUGUCCCACCAAAUCUCAGAUUUUGUCUGUAAAGGAGGAGCAAUUGUUAAGCUCCUCAAGAUUCAAUGUAGAUCUGCCGAUAAAAGGCAGAUUGAAUUUUUCACUAAAAUCACAAGUUAUUAAAUCUGGUGUUUUCAAUGUAUAAUGGGUAAA